UGCAAUGCCACGCCCACAGAGUCGAAUCAUCCUUGUUGGCGCUUUCUAUCGGCAGCGCGCGAAGAUGCUGGCGUUCAGUUAUAGAGUCUCACGCGUCGCAUCAUCUCCAAUCCCACUUGGGACUUUCGCCAAACACCUUCCGACCUUCAUACCAACAACGCUCAAUCCCAACAGACCCAACCCCAAAACCCUAACUACAGCCUCAGUCGUCAACACUCCUCACUUCCAAACCCUAACUCAUCCUCAGAAACAACAGAUUCAUCUCUUCGUCGAUGCUCUUCUUCAAUGGAACCAGAAGAUGAAUCUGACUGCUGUGAGGGAGGAGAGUGAGAUCAUGGAAAGGCACGUUGAGGACUCACUUGCGCUUAUACCUCCCAUUCAGAGUUCGUAUCUAUCGCAUUGCGGAGCUUCAUGCGAUGAGAUUAGACUUGUUGAUGUUGGAACUGGUGCGGGGCUUCCCGGAUUAAUCCUAGCCAUCGCGUGCCCAGGUUGGAAAGUAACACUGCUGGAGUCCAUAAGCAAGCGUUGUGUAUUCUUGGAGCAUGCUGUGGAUCUUACUGGUUUGUCAAAUGUUCAAGUUGUAAGAGAAAGAGCUGAGAAUUUAGGACAAAAUCUUGCCUUCAGAGAGGUAUUUGAUGUCUCGGUGGCAAGAGCAGUUGCAGAACUGAGAAUUUUAGCUGAGUACUGUCUUCCUCUCGUUCGUGUGGGUGGUUUGUUUGUGGCUGCAAAGGGUCAUGAUCCUCUGGAGGAAGUUAGAAGGGCAGAAAGAGCAAUUCAUUUGAUGGGUGCUUCUGUAUUGCAAAUGUACUCUGUGGAGUCACAUGGACCUCAUGGACAGAGAACUGCCAUUGUAUGUUUAAAAGAUGGCCCCACGCCAAGGAAAUAUCCCCGUUAUCCAGGCACACCAGUGAAAUCACCGCUAUAAACAAUUUAGACACCUGAUCUGUCUUUCUUUUUUAAAUAUUCUAUUUGUAACAAUAAUGUUUUCAUAUUAGAUGCUAUACUGUACAAUUGGAUAUAUAGCAAACUCUGACCAUUUAUUUAAUAUAAAUUUUUUGUAGUCCAUAUUCAAUAAGACAUUAA